GGAAAAGCUUAGUCAACACCUCGACCAUCUUCUAUGUAAUUUGGAGGGAUAUGUAAUUGUAGGAAUGAGGACGCGAAAACCGCGUUCGUUGUUACAUGGACGCGCUGCUACCUCCCUUACCUACAACUACACCAAAGGGAUAACCCACUAUCACGAAAUGAAAGCACAAAUUCCAUUACGACGAGAAAGACACACAGCAUCACACACACAUACUCUCUCUCUCUCUCUCUCUCUUUUGUGUCCUCGAGAUCGCUGAUGCUACACUACCGCAUCUCCUCCACGACUCCCAUCACCAUCCACCAACUGGUCGUUUCAGCCAUGUCCUCUUCCUCUUCCUCCGCCUCUCCACCUUUCCCUUCUUCUUCCUUCUCAUCAUCUUCCUCUCUAUAUUCCACCCGCGAAAAAUACACGCCCCCGACCUCACCACAUUACCGUAUAAAUCCCCCUCUUCCCUUCACACGCCCUCUCCAUCGUACAAUCAGCACACACAACACACCUCCAUCCCGCCACUCACGCUCUCGCUGUCGGACACUAGGACGCGCUGUGCUACUAUUCGUUGCGCUAGCGGUGCUUGGCACGGCGGUGAAUGAGUGGGUUUGUGGGACGGAGGGAUCUGUGUUGAGAUCUGGGUUUGUAGACUUGGAAAGUAGUAGUAGUGUUGAUGAUGAAGAGGGUUGGGCGUGGGGGUCUAGGCAUAUGAGUGCAGGAGGAGAAGGAAGCGGCUUUGUGGGUGGGGGCGCAGUGAUCGGGAGGUUAAGUGAGGAAGAAGAAGAGGAAGGGCAGCUUGUAGAGGAGGAUUUCGGCGAUGCCGAUACGGAUACCCAGGAUCUCCCUGUAUACGGCAAGGACGUGGACGAUAACAGCUAUGCCUGGGCAGAAGAUUCAGUUCGUGAGGACACCAGGGAAGCAGAUUCCGAUUCUGAUUUAUAUCCACAAGGCGGCGACGCACAUGUCAACGCGGAAGUAAAUAUGCAGCUCAUCGAAGACGCACAGGAUGAACUGAAGCCUACAUCUGAGUACCAAGUUCUACCCGAAGGAACGCACAACGUAGCACCAGCACCAGUAUCGGACCGGUAUUGGCCGGAUACUUUAGUGCCUGUUCAUGAGGAAGAAGAGCCAGUGCAUACGCAUGUGCAGACUGGUGGGAGUGGGCUGAUGCAAGUUGUUAAUGAGGACAUGCACAACGGUGCUGGUAUGAGUGGGAACAGUGGACAUGAUGAGGGGGUGUUGGGAACGAUGGGCGGAUGGUAGCGAGGCAUAGUUCUUGUGGUGGGGAAUUGGUCGAUGUUUGCUCUGAAUGAGUAUGAUAUUGUUUUAUUAAUGAGGUCCUGCAUGUGGCGCGGCCUCUAGUCUAGCUAUAUACAAUUGAUAGAUUCAAG